AUGGAUGGCACCUGCCUCCCGCUGGUUGCUGGCGAAAGCAGCCUGGCGCCGCGGCCGGCCGAGCACAGGCCGGUUAUUGGGAGCAUCCAUCAGGUGCUGAACGUGACUGUCCCAGUGGGGCCCUGCCGCCCCCUCAGCCUCUGGCGAGCGCAGCUGAGUGGCAGCGAGAUCCAUCACGGGGCUGCGCGGCCUCCGCUGCUGGCGUCGGGCGCUCAAGGGGUGGGGGCAGGGGCCGAGCUGCAGGAGGAGGGGGGAGCGGGAGGUUCUCCAGCGCCCGUGUUCCUGUCUCAGCCCGUCACUGUCACCAGGCCCCAACCGCUUGGUAAAUGGGUUUCAUUAAGCGGGGAAGUGGCGCCGAGGGAGACAGGCGGAAGCGACAAGCAGGAGCGUGAGGAUCGCGCCCUUUGGCCCCUCUCCGACGAGCGCCCGCCGGGCACCCUGCUUCGCUCGCUGCUCGAUGCCCUGCAGCGACCCGGCCGCAGCCCCUCCUUCCUGUUCCAGCCCCAAAGGUUUGGCCGAGAGACCCGGGGGAGCUGGGGCGGCGAGGGCCGGCUCAGCCAGCGGGGCUGGGACUCCAUGGCCUCCCAGUUCUGGAGCAUGGCCGUGCCCCAGCGCUUCGGGAAGAAGAAGAAGUGACUCCGAGGGGCUGCUCGGCCCCAGCACCCCCGGCCCGGAUCGCAGCU